AUGGGUUGCAGAAACAGAGAGUUCACAGACGAAGAGACUGUCUCUUCUUCUUCAUUAAGUGAGGCCUUGCUUUUUGCCACCAUGUGCAUCAUUGGUCUCCCAGUCGAUGUUCACGUCAAGGACGGCUCUGUCUAUUCUGGAAUAUUCUACACCGCCUCUGUGGAGAACGAAUACGGUAUUGUUCUGAAGAAAGCAAGGAUGACUAAAAAGGGAAAGAGUGAUGCUAAUGUAGGAAAUGGGACAUUGAUUGACACUCUAGUAAUUCUCUCAGGUGACCUUGUUCAAGUUGUUGCUAAGGGAGUUUUGCUUCCAGCGGCUGAUGUUGCUGGAAAUAUGGCUGGUGACGAAACUGAAGCUGUUACGGGUACUGUUCCUUCUGAUGUUUGUAUAAAGAAUGAUGCAAAGAAGCCAAUUGAGUCUGCCAUAAAUAAGAAGAAAUUGAACGGUGUCAGGGGCCCAAUGCAAAAUGGCAAUGGACUUGCUCAUGGCGUCACCUCCACAGGAGCUGGAAAGGAACAUGAAGGGAGGAAUUUGCCACCGAAACAUGGUGGGAAUACCAUGGAAGUUGAACAUGGGAAAGGUGAAGGGAUGAACUUAUCAGAGGCUGAUAAAGUUAAUGAUAAAAAGAUGACAUCAAAGCGAUUGCCUUCCGGAGUAUCUUGUGAUCCUGUUACUGUAAUUAUUAAUUCAGACAAUCAAUGCUGUGAAAGGACAACUUCAGCAGACAUUUCUUCUGAUGUUGUUUCUUCAGGUGUCUCAACUUCAUUUACUCCAGCUGCAGAUGCUUCUUGUCGACGUUUGGUGGCAACAUCAACUGAAAUGGUCCCUCCUCAGGGUCCAGAAUUUAAUAGAAGUGCCAAGGAAUUUAAGCUCAACCCAGGAGCAAAAACAUUCUCUCCAUCUUUUACAAAGCCCAUAACAUCAACCCCUCCUUUGGUGCCAACAGUGGUGAGCAUGGGUUAUAUACCAAACAACUCCCCUGUGGUAGCUGUUCCUGCUGCUCAGCCAGAAGUCGGAUCAAAUCCUUUCCCAUCUCGUUCAUCUGUGCCUGUUAAGGUGGUCCCGUACAAUAAUUUCACCAAUGGACAUGGUGGCAGUGGUUCUCAAUUUUCACAACCUAUUGUUGGACACGUGGGAAGCAGGGUGCAGACGCUUAGGUAUCCUGUUCAGGCUGGACCUACCUAUGUGCAUCCAAAUUCUCAAGCUGUUAUGGUUGGACGGUUCGGGCAGGUUGUAUACAUGCAUCCAGUUUCUCAAGGUGCAACGGCUAUGUCACCACUGCCCGCUCGUCCUGUGUUGACCCCACAUCAGGUCCAGUUUCCAAAGCACCAAGGACCUGCAGCGGCCCAAGCUUUUCAGCUGUGUGUGCCUCCGCCGUUCAUGGCUACUGGACAGCAGCCUUUCCCCAUUGCCAAGACACAUCCCCUUUUUGCAACCUCCCUUCCCUUCUAA